GAGUUUAACCAUUGAACAAAAUGCGUUUUUCUUUGCUUGCUGUUUUUACUUUGGCUUUGCUGGGUUUCACCAGUGGAUUGGCCACCACAAACGACAAGGAAAGGUUCUGUAAUUUUCUCGAAGGAGUUGAAGAUGAUCGCCUUUUUUUGGCGGACAAACUAACAAGCAAAGCUUUGGACGUUGCAAAAAAGGUCGUAGCAAAACUGGAGAGCAAUUCAAGUUUUGAAGAAUUCAUAAACGAUAAUUUCGUUGCAUUGCUUGUCGCCGAUCCGAACAGGAAAAUUGAGUUUCUUUUAAAGUUCCGUUGCAACUUCAAGAAAAUGAUUCUUUGCAAUAGGCGUUAUAGUGGCAACCCCGAGUUCCGUAACAUCUACAACGUCUACAAAUCGGAAAGUAAUGCGGAAAUAGCGAAAUUCGAUCAACUACUCUCCCGAGAUGCAUACAAAAUGCUGAACACAAUGCGAAGCACUUCGUCCUCAACAAAGAUCGAGUUUAAUGACGCUCUCACAAGUUAUUUGGAACGUAAGGGAAUGAAUGCUCACUGCAUGUUGGAUCGUUUUCUAAAACUGAAGUCCAAGUAUGAAUGCACCUAUCAAAAGUUGUUUCUCUAAAUUGCAUUCAAAAAUCUUAAUU